AUGCGAAGAGGAGACUUUCUCCGCUGGGGUGCUAUCUCCUCCUCCAAUUCAUCAGCUUCUACUCUGAAAGAUUCUCCUCAGAAGACAGCUAUUAGAGAAGUGAAAUGGGCUGGUAUUCCUCCCAGCGGAGACAGGGCACAGCCUAGUUUAAUGGGGUUUCUGCGCAGCUACUGGCGACACAAUCGUCUGUGCAAGACAUUUUUUGCCAAUGCUGAUACUGCUAACAAUACUAGUACACUACAGCGACUCAAUGUUACCCUGGGAUGUCAAGAGAUACAUGAAUAUGGACAAGCAGGAAUUGGAAAUUAUGCCACUGCAAUCUAUGGAAUUCGAUUGGCUGCACAAGCUCUCAAAGUUGAUCUGCACAUGACGUGUCAUGAUGCUAUUGACAUGUCAAGUUUGCUGGUGUUACCAUGGCUUCUUGGACACUUUCCAGUGUCUGAUGACGCCACAGACAGAGCUAGUCUCCCUUCAAUUAAUAGGGUGUGUUCUACUUUCAACAAGGUACCAAUUGGCUACCUACUCGAUCAGAUUCAAUUCGACAUGCGACGAAUGGCACUUUCUGUCGUUGGGAUUCCUCCUUCUUCUGCCAAUCACCCUGCUACGGCUUGGGCUUCAAAAUACCUGGAAUAUGAAACAGCUCUGCGAUAUCCGUAUCAGCCUCAGCUUCAAGCACGGCACCACAAUCCACUGGUGAAAUCGAACCAAGCUGCAGACAUGGAUGAUGUGGUGGUGCACUUUCGCUGUGGGGACAUUAUGAUCGGCUCUGCUGCUGGGUCCUACUAUGGCUUCCAAAAGUUUCAUGAGAUAUUACGGCACAUAUCUCCGGCAGCUAGGUCCAUCGGCAUUGCUACCCAACCUUUUGCGGACGACGAAGAGGCCAUUGACAGUAGAACCAAUCAAACCUUCAAAACACCCCUGGAUCGUAGCAUUGGAAAUCGCUGCAAGCUGGUGGUGUUUGCACUUAUUGAUACCCUUCACGAACGGUUUCCCAAGGCUGCCGUUCGAGUACACAAUGGAAAGGACGAAUCCAUAGUGAUGGCAUAUACGCGAAUGAUCAUGGCAAACCAGACUAUUGCUGCUGCCAUGUCAAGUUUCUCAGUCUUUCCCAUUGUGUCAACCUUUGGGACGGGAUACCUUCCGAGGCCACGAAGCUGGGGAAGCCCUUAUUCAUGGGUUGAGCAGGAACCACGCAUAAAAGACAUGGCGAGAGACAAUGUCGUCUUGGUGAAAGCAGAUGCCAGGCAUACUAUCUCCGGCAUAGAUAUGCGUGCUUUAUGGGAUGCCAAGGGGGAAGCCUUGGCCUUGGAAUGGUUCAGAAACACUUCCUUGGUUUUGAACUGCACAAAAGAAACCUGCAAAAUGGAUGCCAAAUACCGGUAGCUACCGUAGCAUGCAGGCAAUCAAUGAUACGCACAAGCAAGAGGUAGGGCGAGGUGUCACUAGCUGGUUGUCUACUGGACGAUCCAGUUUCAGCUUGCUGGACAGGCUGAUUGGAUUGAUUUCUUCAUUUCAUUUCCUGCAAAAUACUGGCCAGUCUGAAAAUGCCAUGUCUAAACGUGCUCGCUGGCUAAAACAAAGUCGCGAGAAGGCUGCCGGGAUACUUGUGGAGUGGUACUGGCGACUUCCACUUGGAUCGAUACCGGUUACUAUGCAUACUACUAGCCUAGUACAGCUCCGAGUACCACACCUAUUGAGUCACAGUAACACAACUACUACACUCAAGCCUUCAGAGUACUCGUAAUGUAGUGCACUACUGAGUGUGUUUGGAUGUUUGGAUCUUACCAAUUCAUGCGUUUCGUGGUUGUAACUGAAUGACCGCAGAAUGGGAUCGCUGGACGAGACGAAGAACCUCAAUGUUUUUACCUUGAUAAUAAGAUUACAAUUAUUUGUUUGGCCCGCAAUACAAAGUUUUAACGUACGAUGUACAGGUACUACCGGUAGUACCAGAUACAGUCCAAUACAUAUUAGUACCAGUACUGGUAGCGUGGG